UAAUACGAUAGCUGUUGUGAGGUAACGUUAGUUAUUUCUUUGCAAUCAACGGUGUUGGUAAGCUAACAGUAAAGUAAUCAGUAGGCUUUUAAUCACAUUCAUAGAAUGUUUGAUAAUGUCUGUUAGCUAGUUAGUAAGUUUUGAUAUGGAAAAUAUCGAUGCAAUUCGUCAGCUAUCCGUACGUUAGCUACUAACUAGACAGGUUGUACUUCUAAGUAGCAGCUAACUAACGAACUUAGAUAACUAACCGUUUCUUUGCUAGUUGGCUAGCUAACCACCCGACUCGCCGGCUAGCUAACCACCCGACUCGCUAACCACCCAAUUAGCCGGUUAGCUAACCACCCGGCUAGCUAACCACCCGACUCGCCGGCUAGUUAACCACCCGACUCGCCGGUUAGCUAACCACCCGGCUAGCUAACCACCCGACUCGCCGGCUAGCUAACCACCCGACUCGCCGGCUAGCUAACCACCCAAUUAGCCGGUUAGCUAACCAGUACUGCAUUGCUGGACGAAAGCAAAACGGACUAUACGGUACCGGUACCGUGCAGAUUUAUUCUAAAAUCAACAAAGCGUUUGCUAAAUGCCAAACUAACCGUGUGGGCCUUUGCGAUUUUCAAACAACUAGCUAGCCAACUACUGUUAGCGUAGAGUUUCCGCAGUAGUGGGACGUGUAUGUAGUUGGUCCCAUGAAUUACCGAUUGUGUGGAAUGCAACUAGAGUCAUUCCUGCCUGCGUGGCCACCGGCACUGCUAGACACGGGUUGCUUAUACGUUUAACUUAGCCGGCUAAUUCACGGGUUGUCCUUAGUUAACUACCUAGUACAUACACUUUCUGGUAUAGUGUGUAUUUAAAAAAAAAAAUUCUCAAGUCCGUUUCAUGUCUAUUUUGGGCUCCCUAAAUAACCUUUCAAAUGACAUCCCUUUAAUUUGAGUGGAAACAUAAUUGCUUGUUUUUGAUGAGGGUGGAAAUUGUAUCCUCCAGCUGACUGGAAAGUUGUUGUUGGCUAUGAUGAUUCUGUGACAUUGACAGUGGCACUUUGACAUAGGCAAGUGUAACGGAUGUGAAACGGCUAGCUUAGUUAGCGGUGUGCGCUAAAUAGCGUUUCAAUCGGUGACGUCACUUGCUCUGAGACCUUGAAGUAGUAGUUCCCUUUGCUCUGCAAGGGCCGCGGUUUUUGUGGAGCGAUGGGUAACGAUGCUUCGAGGGUGACUUGUCGAUAGGUGCAGAGGGUCCCUGGUUCGCGCCCUGGUAACGUAAAGUUAUACUGUUACACAAGGACAAGAGCCAUACAUUUAGAAUGAAUACAUAACUCUGGCAAGGACAAGUUGCUCACAUUAGAUAGGGCUAUCUGUCGUUGUUGAGUUAUGGAGAGCCUAGAUAGUUAGAUACAGUUACAUCAUCAUAUUACUGAUUAUGGUAUCUCCAUUGUUAUGCAGGCUCAUUUGAUAUGUUGCAGGCAGUUUGCUUAUCUGCCCCAAAUAGCACAACAACUCCCAUCUAUGAACAAUCUGAUCAAUAUCUUUGUCCUGGCCAUUACCAACCGAUCAAUACAUCCAUCUCAACUGACGUGGGUCUGUAUGAGAGGAGCCCUGCUUUGGAGCCUUCAUGUCCUGUCCUGAUUAUUUUUCCCCAACUUAACUCUCCUCUGUUGGGGGAGAGGACAGGUUAAUAUUCCAGUUUGCCUGGAGCUGUGGAGCCAGACAGACGAGGGUCACUGUCUGACAGCCCAAAGCAAGGUGUUAUCCGAUAUCAAAACAUAAAAUGUUGUUUUGAAAGACAAGGAGUGAUAGGCUAGAUGGAUCCUGUAACUGAUCCUGUAACUGAUGGGAGAACAGCCAGUGGGUUAGGCAGGGUGUUAUGUUGUCAGUAAAGUGAUUGUUUAAAACCCUGGGUGUGGAUCCAGGAAUCAGUCAAGUUUGGCUCCUUAUGGGUGUCUCUCUCAGCUCUGAUGACAUAGUUAGAGUUGUAAUAUGUUACGAAUUGAGCCCAGUAAUUAUACAUUAGUUUUUCAUCAUGCUCCUGUCAAUCAUGUACCAGCCUGUCCAGCAUCUUGGCUCCUGCUUUUUCUGUUUGUCUGUCAACAAGUUUAAGUUUUUAUAUCUAACUGUUUUUCAUCACUAAUCCUCUCUGACCUCCAACAGGCUGGUUGCUGGUACAGUAGGGGCCUGGUCUAGCUGUGGGUCUUGUGGUGAGACAGAGAUCCACACCUGCCCUUCAGAAGGGUGUGUGUUGGAGCUGGGAGGGGGGAAGCGACUAGAGGGGGGGGCAGGUGCCAUGCUCUAGGGGUGAGGUGGGGAAGAGGGGGACUCACAGGUCAGUGGUGGUGUCUGAGGUUGCAGAGGAGAUGAAGUUGAAGCAGCGUGUGGUUGUACUGGUUGCUGUGCUACUCCUGUUGGGGCUUGCCAAACUUUUUCUGCUGGACGGAGGAGAGGGGUCCGCAGCCAGCCGACGAGACCUCAGAGCCUUCCGCAAGAUGGAGGCAGGCCUGUCUCUCUCCCGCGGUGCCAGUUUAACACACACUCUCCAGUCUGCAUGGGAGGUGGCAGGCCAGUGGGUGGGCCCAAGGGAGGUGUACCCUGAGGAGACCCCCGAGCUGGCAGCCAUCCUCACCGCGCUGGGCACUGCCAGGGUGGAGCGAGCAGACGUGGGCUACAAGGGCACCCAGCUCAAAGCUCUACUAGUACUGGACGGGGGGCAGAAAGUGGUCUUUAAACCCAAGAGGUAUAUUAGAGACUAUAUGGUAGAAGGAGAGCCAUAUGCAGGUUAUGACAGACACAAUGCAGAGGUGGCAGCUUUUCACCUGGACAGGAUCCUAGGCUUCAGGAGAGCACCCCUAGUGGUAGGGAGGUUUGUCAACCUGAGGACUGAGAUCAAACCUGUCGCCACGGACCAGCUACUCAGUACCUUUCUAAUGCAGGGUAAUAAUAGUUGUUUCUAUGGGAAGUGUUACUACUGUAGAGAGAGUGAGCCUGCAUGUGCGGAGGGAGAGAACAUGGAGGGAUCGUUAACUCUCUGGCUGCCAGAUGUCUGGCCGCUCCAGAAACAUAGACACCCCUGGGGACGCACUUACAGGGAGGGUAAACUGGCCAGGUGGGAGUAUGAUGAGAGCUACUGUGAUGCGGUAAAGAAGAUGCCUCCAUACGACGCUGGUCCCAGACUGCUGGACGUCAUCGACACGUCCAUCUUUGAUUACCUCAUCGGCAACGCAGACCGACAUCAUUAUGAGAGUUUCCAAGACGAUGGAGGAGCCAGCAUGCUCAUUCUGCUGGAUAACGCAAAGAGUUUUGGGAAUGCAGCUCUGGAUGAAAGAAGCAUUUUGGCCUCUCUGUAUCAGUGUUGCAUGGUGCGUAUGUCUACGUGGAAUAGGUUGAACCUGCUGAGGGCAGGGGCUCUGAGUUCAGCCAUGAGGCAGGCCCUGACCUUUGACCCCAUCAACCCCGUCCUGGCCGAGCCUCACCUGGCCGCCCUGGACAGACGUCUGUCUGGUGUCAUAGCAACCAUCCGACAGUGUGUGGAGUCACAGGGCCCUGACAACACACUGAUAGAGGACCGCUUGAACCUGCCACACUCCUAAAGGAGGACAGGCGAGAGGGAUGGAAGAGAGGAGAGACCUGUCCCAUCCCUUGUGGAGGACAAGAGAGAGGGAUAGAUGAGAGACGAGGGAAAGGAGAAGCUCUCACCCAGGGAUCGAGAGAGAGGGUUGAGCCAUGGUAGGAGGAGCUGGAGGAUAAACCACCUCCCACGCUCCAAGUAUCAUGGCCCCCUAGAAUGGGACAGGAAAUGACUCCAGCAGCAGGAAGUGGUUUCCUCUACAAACUGUUUCCCUCCACACUAGAACCUAAUGGGAUCUAUAUCUGAGGAACUGUAUCCCCAAUGUCUCUCCUCUGCCUUCUGCACACACACACACCUCGUGCCAAACCCUCCCUCUCAUCCAGUAAUAACGAGGGAACCAAAGCCAUAGGACUCAACCCAGCGGCACUCAGGAUAGCAGGGGUCGCUCACACAGCCAUAAAACCCACUCCAUGUGAACACAACACUCCCAGCCAAAUCCACUGGACUGACAGUGGAGAGGGAGACUGGUUAAAUGACCAAGGGGAAUUUUGUGGUCAGUCUGAAUGUGACUAACAAACAGACGUGUCUGUGUCUGAAAUGACACCAUAUUUCCUAUAUAGUGCAUAAGGCUCUAGACUAAAGUAGUGCACUGUAUAGGGAGGGAAUUGUGUGCAAUUUCAGAAUCUGCCAACUGACUAUGGAUGUCUCAUGCUGCUCUAUUCAAUAUAUAUUGUACUAGUUUUGGCCCCAGUUUCUCAGACCUUAUUCCUAUUUCUGAAUUAAAAGCACUUUCAAAAGAGAUUGUUCAUUAAGCAUGCUUUUUUUACUCCAGGAUUUGACUUGAUCUGGGUCUAAGAAACUGGCCAAUGAGGUUUCAAAGGUUGGCUACACACUCGAGGGCUUUGGUCAAGACUAGUGCACUAUUUUGGGAAUAGGGUAGCCUUUGAGACAUUACCAGUGUGUACAUAACGAACUGUUGAAUAGCAUUACUGAGAGAGUAUAAUUAUGAGAAUUGUAAUGUUAAAUUAACCUAAUUUAGUGUCGUGUCUGAAUGUGUGUCUGAAUGUGUGUGUCUGAAUGUGUGUGUCUGAAUGUGUGUGUCUGAAUGUGUGUGCCUGAAUGUGUGUGCCUGAAUGUGUGAGCAUGAGUGUAGGGCAGGAGUCUGCACCCAAAAAACGUCCCGCAAUCAGUUUUUGGUCAAAAAAAGACUGUAAAAUCUCAAGAAUCCUGCAAAAAAAAAGUGUAAUUUAGCUAAAUCUGUUCCCAAAUAUUCUGACAAAUCAUAAGAGAUGUUAUCGUGUCAAUCUAAUCAAGAUAUGAAAUUAUUUUCAAAUACAAUCUCUUUGAGCUUAGUUGUGGUCAAUUUGCAGUGUUCAUUAUUAUGUUCAGCCCCCCGACCAUCUGCUCCAACAAAAAUCAUCCGGCAGCUGUAUCUAGUUGUCUAUACCUGGGGUAGGGGGUGCCAUACUCUAGUUGAGUAUGCUACUGACGUUUUCGAGAGAAUCUAGGACAGGGAGGGAGAAGAUGGGAAAUUUGGGGCUUUAUAGGAAUGUAUAAUGUUUUCAACAUUAAAUUAAUUUUUGUCAUA